GAUUCAGAGUGGGCGUGCCAAUCACGGAUAACGGAUCUACUUUCGCUCGCCCAUCUUCCAGAUAUCGUCAGUCCAAAACCUUCGGAAAACACUCAAAAAAAUUUAUUUAAAAAAAAGAAAAAACAUUCAAACAGUAAUGAUGUAGGCCAUACGGGAAGAUGGAGAGGCUGGUCACCGAUGUAGGAACACGCUGAGUGAGUGACAUCGUCUGCGGCUAGCUUCAUGCUAAAGUGCUAUGAGAGCUAGCCUGUUUGUCUCCUGCCUUGCCAAGUCAAGAUGUCCCUGGCGCAGAGGGUCUUGCUGACCUGGGUCUUCACCUUGGUCUUCCUAAUCAUGCUCGUACUAAAACUGGAUGGGAAGGUGCAGUGGAACUGGUUCCUCAUCUUCUUGCCGGUGUGGGUCUUUGACGGCAUCCUGCUCCUGAUGCUCACCAUCAAGAUGGCCGGUCGCUGCAAGCCAGGUUUUGACCCGCGGAACGGCUCGCCGGACCUGCGUCUGCGCGCUUGGUACCUGGCGGCCAUGCUGCUCAAGCUGGCCUUCUGCCUGACGCUGUGCGCUAAGCUGGAGAAGCUGGCAGAGGUGAAGCUCACGUUGGUGUGCAUUCCACUGUGGACCAUGCUGGUGGGAGCGCUGGUGGAGCUUGGCUUCAAUAUCUUUCCAGAGAGGAGAGAGGCCUGACAAAUGAUGGAACAAAAAAAUAAAUAAAUUAGACUACUAAAAAUUAGAUUACUUUGAACAACACACUGGAUGAUUACUUAUUUGUUACCAUUAUGUUGAAUAUUUGUGAUUUGAGAAUGGUUUAUUUUGCACAAUUUUAAAGCUCAAUUUUGCAUCCAAAGUCAAGUACUGUAUUAAGUAGCUGAAGUUCCACAUUGUCAACCGACUAAAUGUGACGUGCUGUUUAGAAAUGACCCUGAAUUUAAUGAACAAACAAUGAAUGAUA